ACUUAUUUUUCCAGGGCUGAAGCACAUUUUUUUUUUUUUUUUUUUUUGAGGAGACGGAUCGCAGGAAACGUCCAAGACUGGCUUCGCUCGUAGUUCCCGUUAUGUGAAGUCGACCGAUCCUGUAAGAUGCGCGGAAGACACGGAAGCUCUGAAUGCACGGGAAUACACCGGGUUGUGAUAAAGUCUAAUUUGUUGGCAGAAAUUGUAUGUGCAGUGAUUUAUCUGGUGAUAGCGUGCGGCUUUUCUCAAGCUGUGUCGGAGUUGAACAGUGACAGUCUACUUAGGAUGUCUUGUCGUGGGAAAUUGCGUUGACAUGCCCGUGGAUGGAGUGCGCUCGCUCGCUGUAACGCAGGUGAUGAUGAGACAGGUAUCUGCUUCAGUGAGAGCCUAGUGCCACUGCCGAUGUGCUGGAAUUACUAAUAUGUUCUCGCGUCAGGUAUUGUACAUUGAAACUUUCCUAUUAGAGCACAGAGACAGUCUCGGAGAAGGCUAUUUGCAUGCAUGCGGAGCGCUUGCUGGAUUUAUUAUUGGACAAUGUACGUGCUGUAAAGCAAAGAAAAGCUGCUGAACCUCGUUUACUUUAUAUUUAUCAAGACCUCACCGCAAGGUUAAGCGUUGCUCCAAUGCAAUACACCAAUAACGACUGCAUAGCUGUGCAUGACGUUUAUCUUUAUUGCGAAAUCAUUGCAAUUCGGGACAUUUUAGGUUUGUUUAAACGCGUUUGAAAUGUUCGCUUGGCGAAAUGUAAGAUAUGGAAAAUAACGUCGCACUUUUAUUAUUAUCAUAGCCUGCACUAUCUAUCUAUCUAUAUCAUCUAGUCGCGUCGUGGUUCAUUGCAGUUUUGACCAUUUCAGAUAUUCAUAAAGCAGUGUUUCCAGCAUGCUUAGCUGAAACUUUUACUCACUAUAUAGAAAUAUAUCGCUGUAUAGGCACCUGUCUAUGUUGCAAGGUAUGCACGUUGUGUUAUUGUUAUAUUCAUUUUCAAAGGUUAGUUUAGCGUCUCAGUCGGAGCAUAAAUCCAUCUAAACACAAUCAGCAAAUUGCUGCUCGGUUCCAAUUCUAAUCAUAUCAUUUCCAGGUGCCCACAAGUAGCUAUGUUCUCUCUCUCUAUCUCUCUCUCUCUCUGCGUGUGCUCGUGAUUUUGAGAGGAAAAGGGAGAAGGCUUUCAACAACAUGCCGAGGCAGAAGCAUUUUAUGCAUGUGAUUUUAUGAUUUGCUCACCAUUGGAUGUAACCGCUUUGCCGCCGUCUAUAAAUCUGUGACAGCGGAACGACAGGAUUUGUGUCAUAAAUAGAUCUAAACUAAAUCAGACACCGGUGAUCAAGUUUGACGUGCGAGAUUCUUCGGCACAAACUGUGUCGUGCUGCCAUCGAGCGAAGUCUCGCUUUUUUAUUUUGAUUACUUGUUGUGACAUUUAUGUCAGUAGUAGGCUACCGAGAAAAGAGCAGCGUAAUAGGAUUUGGGAUCGGUAUCGGUGGUAACGCGCGCUGACGGUAACAUUUCGUACAAUAUUUGUACAAAAUAAACAUUUUACUGUUCUAUGUAUCGCUUUUUCACAAAAUGCAUCACUCUACAGCACCCUCCGCCGUUUGUCAAAACUCUAUACACCUGUGCGCACAGUCUCUCCGCGAGCUGCUGUUGGUUUUGCUUCCACUUCGCCUCUAUUUUACUCACAGUAUACUCAGUGAUAUGAAGUACAGUAUCUGACCAACCAGAGGGCGUGGCUGUGGCGCUCUUCCCCACGACGGCCCGCCCCUCCCCUCCUUCAGCCAAUCACAGAAUUGUUUGUUUUCUCGUUGGUUAUGUUGUUGUGGUUUCCAAAAUGCAGCUAAUACUAUGUGCACAGCUGAAGAAUAUGCAAUUUUGUUAGAUUUAAGUUCACUUCAUUUGGUUGUUAGUAUGUUUAAUUUCUAACAAUGCAUCCUAAAUGAAUACUAAAUUUAGCAGUGAAAGGAGUAGCUUUUGCAUGCUAGGCACACAGAUCUCAAUUAUGUAGUAAAGUUACACUCCCUAUAAACAAAUAGAGGAAGAGUUAUUGGUUACAUCAGUCACACACUGUGCAAAUGGACAGGUGCAGAGAUUUGAGAUAUGUUGCAUUCUGUGGAACAAUUUGUCAAAGUUUUGCCUAUAAAGACAGCUGAAUUGAUAGAAUUAAAUGUGGAAAGUGUUUAAUUUCUAUAGUUGUUUUAUGGAAAUAUAAUGCUUUGACCUGACAAAGCAUAAUUUCCCAAGUUUUACUUAUGAUUAGAUUUUUUAAAAAUGAAAAGCAAUGGGGGGGGGGACUUUGUUUAAAAAAAAAAAAAAAAAAAAAGCAGUGGAAAAUAAAUAGAUUUGAGAUGUUUGCCUUAUUCUGCCUUUUUUUCAGUAAAUCAGUGGCUUUUUUAAUCUUACAUUUGAUUUUCUUUGUCAUUAUUAGAGUGGGCAGGCCUUUUGUUUGCAUUAAAUAAAUGGGUUUGCAAGCUUUUUCCAUUAACGUUUAUAUAGAGAGUGCUGUCCAUAUACAAGGUGUUGUGAAACCUGACCAACAUUAAAUUGUUAACGGUUGAUCCCACUGUUAACAGUUGAUAUUGUUUGUGUUUGAGAUCACAUACAGUAGAUGAUGCAAAGUAAAUGGUAACAAAUGGUAAAACAUGCUGAAUUCCAUUUGAUCAGUUCUACUAUCAAAACUAAAUUGAAUAGUUAUGAUGCCAUUUAUGGCAUUUCUUCACAAACACUGAAUGAAGAUGUCUAACAUCUUGGCAAAUAUGUGCUCAACCAUCUCCUCUCUCUUUCAGUGUGCUGCCUUGGUUGGUGAAGACCAGCCCCUUUGCCCUGACCUGCCUGAGCUUGACCUCUCUGAGCUGGAUGUCAGUGACCUUGAUGCAGAUAGUUUUCUGGGAGGACUCAAGUGGUACAGCGACCAAUCAGAAAUCAUUUCCAGUCAGUAUGGCAAUGAAGCAUCGAACCUGUUUGAGAAGAUAGAUGAGGAAAAUGAGGCCAACUUGCUGGCAGUGCUCACAGAAACCCUGGACAGUAUCCCUGUGGACGAAGACGGGUUGCCUUCGUUCGAGGCCCUGGCAGAUGGGGACGUGACCAAUGCCAGUGAUCAGAGCUGUCCUUCCACCCCAGACGGCUCACCACGCACCCCAGAGCCAGAGGAGCCUUCCUUGCUGAAGAAGCUCCUCCUGGCACCUGCUAACUCCCAGCUCAGCUAUAAUCAAUACCCAGGUGGCAAGGCACAGAACCAUGCAGCCAGCAACCAACGGAUCAGACCAACACCUGCUGUUGCCAAGGUAGCUGCUCGCUGCACUUCUUGCAUCAAAGGCCUGACAGAAAACCCCUGGAACAGCAAACCACGAGGGUCCUGUCCCAACCGGUCCGUGAGACACCCUUGCACUGAGCUGCUCAAGUACCUCACCUCUAGCGACGAGGCCUUCCAGACCAAAGCCAGGGAAGCCAAGAACACCUGGACAGGUUGCAACAAGGACAGGGGAGGGGCUUGCACGUCCUCCUGCUCAUCUUCUUCCUCUCCAUCAUCCUCGUCCACCUCCUCUUUCUCCUCCCUGUCGUCCUGCUCCUCUUCCACCGCCUCCAAAAAGAAGACGUCCUCUGCCUCCCCAUCAUCACAGCAGCAGCAGCAGCAGCAGCAGCUGGCAGUGCAGGCCCAGCGAGGUGAGAGCCAGGCAGCCGGCACGUGUAGUGUGGCUGGUGAGGGGGCGGGGAAGUGGCGGCGGUGUACUCAAGGGGGGCACUCCGCCCCCGUUGCGCUGUCCCAUGGAGGCGGCUGUGGCCAUGCCUGCUCCGGCGAAGAGGGGAGGCCGCCAGGCCUGCAGCCAAGUGUUGACCCAGGCAGCUUGGCCGCUGCCCGCUUUAUUAGGUACAUGCACUCUUACUCUCUCCCGCCUAGAGAGACGGGUCAUGCAGGCAGCUGUGGUCAUUGCCUUGAGGCGGGUGGCUUGGCUGAGGCUGGCCGUGCUAAUAGGCACAUCACGGUGACCAUUAGGAAAAGGAGGCAAGAGCUAGAGCACCCCAUGCUCAGUCAGCUGCUCACCUCCAGGCCCAGGCCAGCCCGUUACCGGGCUCACCUGCAGUUGCCCCAGAAUAAAAGGCGAGACCUACCAGACACGGCUUCUAGAGUCCAAGAGAGCCACGGACACUUAGAGCGAGCUAGUCGUGAGCGCAAUAGAGAGGCACCUAUCUUACACAAGCAGGCAUUUAGUGUGGCCGACCAGAGCAAUCUUGAGUGUUCGGCAGAGCUUAAAUUAGACCUAGAGAGCUGGUUGAGCAUGCCAGAACAGGUGACAGGAGACAGCUUGCAUGAUCUGGUGGGCCAAGCCGGGGAGGAUAUUUUUUAUGAUGUCAUAGGCAGCCCCAUGUCAUUCUCACAGGGCCUGCCAAGCACAUUGUUCCCAGACUCUUUAGUUCCAGAGCCCUCCGACUCACAAAAACAGGCACUCCGCAGGCACCUCGAUGACCAAGUCCCACCAAUGUUAGCCAAACCAACCAUCUUGCCACUUCCUUUGACCCCAGAGUCUCCAAAUGACCACAAGGGAUCUCCGUUUGAGAACAAAACCACUGAACGCACAUUGAAUGUGGAGAUCUGUGGAACCCCAGGUCUGACACCACCUACCACGCCUCCUCACAAAGCCAGUCAAGAGAACCCUUUCAAAGUAUCACUCAAAAACAAGCUGUCUUCAUGCUCUCCCUCGGCCCUGACAAGCAAAAGGCCCAGGCUGAGCAAUGGGGUCUCUUGCCCUCAGCCAACCAGCGGAUCUAUUCGGAAGGGCCCAGAGCAAACUGAGCUCUAUGCCCAGUUGAGCAAGGCCUCCUCCACAAUGCCCCUAGGGGGCUUGGAGGAGCGUCGGGGCAAGCGGCCCAUGCCCCGCGUCUUUGGCGAUCACGACUAUUGCCAGUCUACAAGCACAAAACGAGACAGCACCACCAUAGCUGCAGCGGUAACUGGGCCAAUGGAGGGCCGGCAUGUGGAAUGUAAAGACUCGAACAUGCCGACCUCCUCUACUCCUACAUCAUUGUUGUCUUCCGCCUCCCCUUCGUCUUCCUCCCUGGCCAGGCAGCUUCAGGGCCUUUCCUCCAAAGCUCAGGAGGCUUGUCCGGACACGGAUGCUCACGGACAGGACCGCGACUCCACUUUGGGCUCCAAAAUGUCAGCGGACGGCAGUUCUGCUGGCAGGAAACUACUUAGGGACCAGGAGAUCCGCGAAGAGCUCAAUAAGCACUUUGGAAAGCCUCAACAAGCCUUCUAUAGCGGGGUAGUGGGAGAGCAGAGGGGCAUCCGGCCUCUCGAGGACAGUGACUCUGGGGAUGAGUACCCCGGUCUUCUCAAUGACUACAUACACCCGGGUCUGCCUGACUUUGAGGACCUGGAGGUAGGCCGGGAGCGCCUGCUUUACUUGGGGGAAGGUUCUCCACUCGAGCUGCUCCUCGAAGGGUCGCCCUCCAGCUCCCCUUCCAGCAGUUCAUUCUCAUGGAGCUCCGUCUCGCCUCCUUCCACUCAGCUCUCCCCACAGCACCUCCGCUGGCCACGCACCAUCUCCCGCUCCCGCUCCCGUUCCUCAUCUCACCACAGACGCAGAUCCCUCUCCAGGUCUCCGUACUCCCGCCCCGAGUCUCCCGACAGCCGUUCUCCCUCUUGGUCUCCUCACAAUUUGGACGAUAGCACUUUUAUUCCCAGGAUUUAUAGAAGCCCUCAGUCCCAGGCUCAUUCUAUUUUUGGUCGGAGACCCAGGUAUGACAGCUAUGAGGAAUACCAGCAUGAGCGUCUGAAGCGGGAAGAGUACCGACGUGACUAUGAGAAACGGGAAUGUGAGAGGGCUGAACAGAGGGAGAGACAACGGCAAAAAGCACUGGAGGAGAGGCGAGUGGUGUAUGUGGGACGUCUUCGUGCCAACAGCACACGCACAGAGCUUAAACGCCGCUUUGAAGUCUUCGGCGAGAUUGAGGAGUGCACAGUCAACUUGAGACAUGACGGGGAUAACUUUGGCUUCAUCACCUACCGCUACACUUGUGAUGCACUCGCUGCCCUUGAGAAUGGACACACCUUGCGCAGGUCGAAUGAGCCUCACUUUGAGCUCUGCCUUGGUGGACAAAAGCAGUACAGUAAAUCGAAUUAUACAGACUUAGAUUCCCAUUCUGACGACUUUGAUCCAGCCUCCACUAAAAGCAAGUACGACUCCAUGGAUUUUGACAGCUUGUUGCGAGAGGCCCAGUAUAGCCUGAGAAGGUAAUGAGCUGCACCGCUGCACCGGCUGGCUGCAAAGAGAGGGAUUCGCAAUACCUCACUGUUGUUUCUGUUUUUUUGAAUACAAGACUACAAGAAGUUUUACACUUUAUCUAAGUGGAAAGAGUAUAUGUGGAUGAAAAAGCUCUACGUAUAUGAAGGGAUAUAUAUGUAUACAUGCAAGCAAAGUUUACAUGAACCUAGCUGCUGCAACGCUGGGGAGAGACUUUACCUGUGGGAAUAGCCAGUGAAGUAGCGGACACUACUUUAGUGGACUACACAGAUCCAUGUGCCGCGUGAGGCUCUGGAAGAGACUCGAAUCUUCGUCAGAGUUCGCUCCACACACCGCAUCACCCUCGGCACUUUUGAGAGGUGAAGAGUGCAGCUCAUUCAGUCUGUUUUUAUUGUUUGGAGUUUAUUUUUGUGGGCUUUUUCUGUUCCUUUUUUAAUCUGGUGUUUGGACGUGGUGUUACACUGUUGAGAAGGGUUUGGGGAAAAUCUCUCGGAUGUUCAAGGUAACAUUGUCUACAUUUACAGAGGGGGGAAAUAUGUAGUCGCCUAUUUACAAAACGAAUAUUUUUAUUUGAUGUGCAUAUCAGCGUUCUUUGUUUGUUACAGCUAUGCACUGUAAAAUGCAGCCUUUUUAAGAGGAAAUUUUCUUAAUCGAGAAUGUUGAUCUGUAGUCAUUACGAUGAUGUAUAACCUACAUGGCGUUUAGAUGACGUGAUUUGAUUGUAAAAAUAUGUAUGGAGAUUUAUCGCUCUUUUUUUGGGGGAGCAUGCAACAGUUUUUGUCUCAGUUUUUCUUUUUGUUUUUUCUUCUUUUGUUUUUUAUUUCAUUUUAAAACUCCAGUUUCAUCCGAUUUUGAAGUUUAAUAACUCAGUGUUUUCCGUAUAUACAUGCAGCGUGUAAGAUAAGAGUUUAUGUUCACUAUUGUGUAAAAAAAAAAAAAAGAAAAAGAAAAAAAAACAAAGAAAAAAGAUAAGCCCCGAGAUAUUUUUUUAUCCUUUACGUCUUGAAGGAAUCGAGAGCUUUUGUUUAAUUUCUCUGUGCACACGAAUCAUUGUUAUUGUUCCUGUUUGAUAAUACACUUUCACAAAGAGAUGAUUACUCUUCUAACACAGAAUUACUCAUGCUUAUUUAUGUAUUUAUCUCAGUAUUCUAAUCAAAAUAUUUAUGGCAGCCAUCUCACGUGAUGCGCCUUACAAAUUUUGCUAUUUAUAUUAUUUGUUAUUCAACAAUCACUGGAAAGGAUGUAAAUUUAAAGGUUCUAAGAAAUAUCGUUUUUAUAUAUGCCUUCAGAGAUAGAACAAAAACAUAUUGUAUGAUCACAUUUUAGGCUCAUGAUGAACUUUGCUGCUCCAAACUCAUUUGUUUUUCUAGCUCUGAAACACUUUCAUCCCCCUUUUUCAUCUCUUUUUUUAUUACAUGAAGCAAUAAAAUGAUUUUGCAGGUAUUUUGUUGUACCACAGAAAAUCUGUGUCUUUGCUCCACACUUUUGAUUAUGUGAAUGCCAAACUAAAGUUUACAAUUUUUCUUUCCUGAAUUUUUAAAAAGAAGAAAAAAAAAAAAAAGAUGUAUUUGAUGUAAAAAUAAUAUAUA